GCGCACCGGUCCGCGGGCAGCCAGGACCCGCGUUGGGCUCCACGCGUCCCGCGGGGCUGAACCCUCCCCCCGCGCCCCGCAGCAGGCCGCGGCGAUUGGCCGCCCGCUCGCUCCCGGCCGUCACCCCGCCCCGCCCCCGCCCCUCGCGCUCCCGCGGUCCCCGCUGUCCCCCGCGGUUCCGGCGAGGCCGCGCCGCGCCGCGCUCUGUUCCCAUUGGCUGCGCGCGCCUUUGUGUGGCGGCAGCUGCGGCCCCAGAGCCUUUGAAUGUCGAGAGGGGCCGGGAAGGGAGCCUUUCCAUGGGCCAUCUGUUUCCCCGCCAGCCGCCGCCCCGCCGCCGCCCGCGCCCCGCGCUCCGCCUCCCGCCCCGGCGGCUCCCGCAGCCCCGCCGCCGCCCGCGCCCGCGCCCCGGAGCCGCGCCACAAAGGGCCCGCGCGCAGCCGCCGCCGCCGCCGCCGCGCGAGGAGCCAGGAUGGUCCUGGUCCACGUCGGCUAUCUCGUGCUUCCAGUGUUUGGCUCUGUGCGAAACAGAGGUGCCCCCUUUCAAAGGUCUCAGCAUCCGCACGCUACCUCCUGCCGCCACUUCCACCUGGGCCCCCCGCAGCCACAGCAGCUCGCCCCCGACUUCCCGCUGGGCCACCCCGUGCAGUCGCAGCCGGGCCUCAGCGCCCACAUGGCCCCGGCCCACCAGCACAGCGGCGCCCUGCACCAGUCGCUGACCCCGCUGCCCACCCUGCAGUUCCAGGACGUCACAGGUCCCUCCUUCCUACCUCAGGCCCUGCACCAGCAAUACCUCCUGCAGCAGCAGCUCCUGGAAGCCCAGCACCGAAGGCUCGUCUCACACCCCAGGCGGAGUCAGGAGCGUGUUUCCGUCCACCCCCACCGCCUCCACCCCAGCUUUGACUUUGGCCACCAACUGCAGACCCCUCAGCCCAGGUAUUUGGCUGAGGGCACUGACUGGGAUCUCAGUGUGGACGCUGGCUUGAGUCCUGCUCAAUUCCAGGUGCGGCCCAUCCCUCAGCACUAUCAGCAUUACCUAGCAACUCCUCGAAUGCACCACUUUCCCAGGAACUCCUCCUCUACCCAGAUGGUUGUCCAUGAAAUCCGAAAUUAUCCUUACCCUCAGCUUCACUUCCUUGCUCUCCAAGGACUGAAUCCCAGCAGACAUACUUCUGCUGUGCGGGAGAGCUAUGAGGAACUGCUGCAGCUCGAGGACAGGCUGGGAAAUGUGACUCGGGGAGCUGUGCAGAACACCAUUGAGAGGUUCACUUUCCCCCACAAAUACAAGAAGCGAAGACCCCAGGAUGGCAAGGGCAAGAAGGACGAAGGGGAAGAGUCUGACACUGAUGAGAAAUGCACGAUUUGUUUGUCUAUGCUGGAAGAUGGAGAAGAUGUGAGACGCCUGCCCUGUAUGCAUCUCUUCCACCAACUGUGUGUGGACCAGUGGCUUGCCAUGAGCAAGAAAUGCCCCAUCUGCCGAGUGGACAUUGAGACACAGCUGGGAGCCGAUAGCUGAAGGAGGAGUUAGCCAGUGAACACCCCAUUUCCUUCACCAGGUCCCCCCACGGCCAUAGCCCUUGCAGCCAAACUUUGCCUUCUGAGCCAUUGGACGUAGAGGAGAAGCCUGCAAGCACAUUUUGUGGAAAGAGGAGUCAGUGGUAUCAGUGUCUGAGGGAGGAGCGGGUGGGGGAGGACCCACCCAUCCAGAUGGCGACUGCCCCAUCCGCCUUGCUCGCAGGAGGGAGGGAGCUGGCCGUGCCUGUGCCCUGAGCGGGGGUGGGAAGGGGGGACCCACGCCGCUGAGAACUAGAUAUGAUCCCGAGGGCACUAGCGGAUAGACGGCCCCUCAAUCCUGACCUUUGAAGGAUUGUAUAUAUACCUCUGGACCACGUAGAAACCAUGUAGGGGUCUCUAGCUAUUUCUGUGGAUGGCAGCCAGAGCAUGUUAGCUUAAGAAAACGUCGUGUGUGGUGCUCUAGUCAUCUUGUGGUGGACAUGUCGCUAUUACUGAACUUGCACCAAAUAUUUCUCAUUGAGUUUCUUGUUUUGGUGCCUGACUGAACCAACCAACGACAGCCCCAGUUUUCCCGUCUUUAUGAAAGAAAAGGAAAAAGGAAUCAAAGGUGAAAAAAAAAAAAAAAAGCCAAAUCCUGUUUACGGUGAAAAAGGAUGACUUCUUUUUCACCCAGGUUGGAAGUGGGGUGUUGGGGGGGUGUUCUUGUUUUGUUGUCAUUUUUGUUUUUCCUUGCUUUUGUUUUUCUCAUGUUUACAGUGCACGGAGUAUGGAAGGCGCCUCUCAGGAGGGAGGACUGGGAGAGAGCAGAUGGGGUCAGAGUGGGGCUUCUGAGGGGUUCAGGUGAGGGGGAGAAUGUAUUGCCAGAGCAGUGAGCGAGUUCGUCUGUAAGUCAGGCUUCACGUCCUUGGCCUCAUCGCUAUGCCUCUGGUUCCACACGGAACUGGGGAGCACUCGGCCUUCAGCUCUAGCUGCUGCUGUGUUCCUGGAAGCCAGGCGGCCUCUGCUUACUCCAGCUCCUUUCUUACGGCUGGCUCUUGUCCUAAAAUAAAGAGGCAAUGUAGCCGCUGCCUCCCUAUGCAAAAAAUUAGCCAGAUGAUGCAGAUCAGACAGCAUAGGUGGCCACUUGACCUUGGCCAGAGUGCCCGCAGCCAGCACUCAGGGCUAAAGUCCACCUCCACAGACCUUGAGGAGGACCUUGAGCCUCUUCUGGGCGCUUCGAGUCCAGUCAGUUCCUCAGAGAUGGUCCUGGCUCCGAGACCAUGAUAGCUGAUCCUCUCCCCUCCCCUGCCUUCCUCCCCUCCCCCUCCCCUCCCUUGUCUUGUCCUCUCCUUUCUCUUUCACCUGUACUGAAGUUUGAUCCCAGGACCCCCUAACACUGAGCUAUCCCCCCUGCCCAGCCCCACAUCCCUGGCCUCUGAUUCCUUCUCUGACUCUUUGAUAACUUUGGGCAAUUCCCUUUCUUCCUCUGUGUCUGUUUCCUUCUCCUUCCUGUGGGGAGACACAGUGCAUCUCCCUUUUCACUCCCUCGGCCUCCCCUAGAUGUGGUGAGCUGAGCUGUCUCUGUCUAGCACAUUCUGUGCUCUUUAUUCUCUCCGGAAGCCUCUUGGCUUUUAGGGAUGUUAUGCUUUGUGAGAUAGAUCUGGACAUUUCAUAUGCAUCAUAUAAUGUAUCUUUCUGGACCACCCUACAAUUUUUUGAUCCCAAAGGGAGCAGAGGACAGAAGACUGAAGACAGCAAAAUCCACCAAAUGCCAAUCUAAACCCAAUCUCUUCCUCUAGCUGGAAUUUUACCACCUCCCCUUUCUGCUUGCCCUUCUCUUUCCCCCUUAUUUGCACUGCUCUCAAAGUCUCCCCUUCCCUUAGCCCCUAGCUAGUCUCAAUGCUCUCAUAUCUAUAGGGCUGGGGACAGGACCCUUAUCACAUAAAUGAACAAGUCCCAUGCACAUAAGGAAAUCUGAGUCUGUAUUGCUAUUGCCAGGACCAGUGGGAGAACUUGACAAUGAGGCCAACUUUGGCUUGACUUGAAGCCUGUUACAGCUAGCCCUAUCUUGGAGGAUGGCUGCUCUGGACACCUGUGGACAGAGAGGGGGACACAGUUGCCAGUGGGGGGUUACUCCAUAUCCAGAUGAAGGUGUCUCCCAGUGCCAGUCUUCUAGUGUCAUAUAAAAUCUUUGUUGAGUGCCCGCCAAUGCAGGUGUUGGGAAAGAAAGAGCUAAAAAGACAGUGGAGGAUGAGACAGCACACAACCAAUAGUGCAAAAAGGACAGGUAGUUUAACUUACAGUGUUAACAAUGGUGAGCAUUUCACCCUACAAUUUGGGGACUGUACUGUGCCAAUAAGGUCUGCAGGGCAAAAGCUGGGAAAAAACAUCUGAGGAUGGAAAGGAAACUGCUUACUGAUAGCCACAGGAAGUUGGGAAUUCUCUCCCCUCUUCUCCAAUGGCUUAGUCAAAACUAGGAAUUUAUCAGAAGAUUUAGCCUGCAGGUAGUUAGGAUGGUUUAGGCAGGUCACUCUUCUCUCAGAUUGGCCUUCUGUUCCUCAUCCUGAGGCUGUCCUGAAACGCUAGCACAAGAGGGGAGUCAGUGAGGAGCCAGGAUACAAGGAGAACUGAUGUCCUGUGUUUUAGCCCUGGCUCUUCACUGACAAACCGAGUGAUGCUAAAACCACCUCCUCUAACCAACAUGGGCUUCGGUUUCCCCAGCUACGACACAAAGAGGCCGGGUUGGAUGCUCACCCCCAGCACUUACAUUUUGUGAUCCUCCCUUGCAUCCACACAUCUUUCAAGUCGUAGAGCUGUGUGCCAAUCAGGCUGUCAAAAAGGACUUCUGUGGGCAUGAACAUGUUUCAGAGGCUGAGGGCACAUGUGCUGAGUGAGAGUGGGACCUGGUCCCCUCCUCCUUCCCAUUCUCUGCAGGCUCCCUGAGUGCCCCAGGCUAGAAUUAGGGACUGGGCUGGGGAGGGGGUAAUUCCUGAAGUCCCCUCCCCUCCCCAUCUCUCUGGGGUCCUUGUUCCCUGCGGGUAGGGAUGAGAGGGCUUGGCACUCAGAACCCUCCCAGCUCCCUUUUCCUUAGCAGGGCAGCUGAUCGGGUGAGAAGAGUGGAGCAGGGUGUGGACUUCUGCUUCCUCACAGUCCCCCGAUUGGUCAGGGAGCCAAGGAGAGUGGCGAAGAGGCAGGGUCCGGCCUCUGCAUCUCAUAUUCACCACCUCCAGGACGGAAACAUCUGGAGUCCUCCUGCUCAACUCAAGGGACUCAGACUCUUUCCUGACUGAGACGCAUGAGUGCCUUCUGGGGAGACAGCAGCCCCAGGGUUCAAGUUGGGCCUCCUUACUGCAGCCACAACCACAGCAGGUCUGCCGAAGAUGCCAGUCAAUCAACCCAAUGCCACAAGCCGGGCUGGGCACAGGCAGAGGCGGGCAGGGGCCGCGGGCUCCUCUACCUGGCGGAUGCUGGCCACCUGCUACCCUUGCUCAGCACCUGUGGCAGGACUCAAGCUCCUCUUCUGCAAAGGUUCCCAGCCUCCGUGCAAGUAUUCUUAACUCUUUACGCCUAACAAACAAGCACAGUUUUUUCAAUGGUGAAGAAAAGCACCAGACUUUUUUUUGUUCCUGAAGAAAAUUUCCCAAACCCCCUGCCUGCCGGCGGGACGAACACUCCCCACGUGGGGCUGUAGCAACGUCUGUCAGGUUCCCUGUGUUUCAUCUCCUGCGCGCGCGUAGAGCAAAUGCUAGAGCGAUUUCAGCUGAUAGAAAAACAAAAAUGAAAAAAAAAAAACCACAAAAAACAAAAAACAUGGCACGUUGCUAGUUUACAGGGUUUUGUGAGUUUAAAUGCCUUAUAUUUAACAAUCAUAAUUUAUGACUAACUUGUAGAUAUUGUGGGUUCUUAUUUAAUUAUUUUUAUAGUUGUUUUGCAUUUUUAAUUAUAAUUUAUUUAUUUAGAAAGGAUACUAAUUUUUUUUAUUACUCCUAUUACCUCAUUUUGGCGUUGUUUCUGGGAGUGGAAUGCUUUGCAUGCAUUGGUACGAUGACAAACAACUAUGAAUACAAAAAAAAUUUUAAAUAAAAUUCCGCGAACUUUAUUUCGUCCAAACUAUCAGGGUGUGUGAUUGCAAGCUGUCCUACUGUGGUGCUGGCCUCUUUGGAUACAUUCCAUACGAAAUGCAAACCUUUGAUUCUGUAUGCUGUGAUCUAGUGAAAAACUCCAAUAUAGUGACUGUAUUUAGCACAUAUAUAAAUAUAAUUUGCACUCGUCAGCAGACUGGGGUAAUCCUUUCACUUGCUACCCCUGGCGCCCUCCUCCCAACCCUAUGCACCCACUAACCCGCUUUUCCUUCUUUCCUUAUUCUUCCCACCACCUCAGCCCACUCAGCCUCCCUACCUAGAGGAAGGCUCAGGGCACUAGAGCUCUCUGUCUCCACCCAGGGCCCAACUCUUAAUGGUUCCAGGAUUGGAGCCCUUCAGACACUGCCCGCAGGAGCAUCUGCAAGCCACAAAGCCUGCUUCAUUAGAAUGAGCCCUGGGUAGGGGCUGGGGGCACCACUGCACACUUCCCUGUGACUGUUAGUCCUUGGUCUCUGUCAGUCUUUUUUGCUGGGAGAGAGAGGAGAAAGGAGUUCUCCAGGGUCCCUCAGAUUCAGGUAGAGUAUGACACAGGUCUGGGGAAACUAUCUUGCUGGAUCUGUCUCACUCUCUCAGAAGAGACAAAGAAGAGAAAGAUGGAAGAAGAGAAAAAGAAAAGAAUAGGGUGGGGGAGUGGGUUGAGGAUUUUAUCUUGAGGGUUGCUCAAAGCAGACAUCCACAAGGGUUUUUGUCCUUUUAUAGGCAGCAUCCUGCAGGUGACAAGGAGGUCUGUUAGGAGGACACAUGCCUGGAUGUGAGCCAUGAUUUUUCACAGGGCUUGGGUGGUCAUGCAGGGGGCCUUGCCUUGUUAGGUAUGGAAUGGGGUGGAACUGGCGCUCACAUCCUGUCAUCUCCAGGAGACUUUGUGGUUGGAACAUUACCCACUGACAACAGGUUGGGACACAGAGUUUGCCUAAUGGUCUCUGUUCUCUCCCUUGCUCUAGGGACUGUUGUCAGGAGAGGUUGCUAGAGAGGGCAGCGGGCUUCAGUCUCACUACCCCAUAGAGGAGUGGGAAGGAGACUUGGAAAGCAGUGGCAUCAAAGGCUGGCACAGGGCUUAGUCCAGGUGCUUUUGAACCAAAAGAGAAGGUUCAGGCUCCCAAGAGGAGCCUUCCAAUGGGCUUGACCCGUGUUGCCUCCCUCCUCUCGUUCCUCUCUUCCUUCCGUUCUUGUGCAGCUCAUCCUUCCUUCUUGGCUUUGGACAUCACUGCCUUUGCUUGGUGGGGAGCUCCACCCGCCAAACAAGUCCUCAUGGGGAUGGCCGGUGCUGGUGUGGGGGAGUGGAGACCUGGAGUCAUUGCAUGGCUUGCGUGGCUUGCCGAGUGGCUGGACUGAACAUGGUUCCUAACCCCAUCUCUGCUCCAGCCUGAUGAUGGAUGGGGCGCUUCUUGGGGCUUCCUACCUACUGCUGCCUGGCCUCCCCUUCUGCCUCCACCCUGGAGCCUUGCUUUCCUUGGAAUCACCCACCAUGCUGGUGGGAGCACAACCCCCACACUGCCAGGCCUGGCAGACACUGCCGCAGGGCUCCUGGAUGGGCACGUCUUACGCUGCUCUGCUCCACUCUUGAGCCUGCUCUCCCACUGUCCCCUUCCAGCCCCACCCCUGGCCAUGGAUGUGGUGCUCAGCUAUGGAGCAUGCUGCACCAGGCCCUUGAAGGGGUAAUUUGGUUGCCCCUGGUAAGUGAAAGGAUUAUCCUCAGUGUUGAUUGUCCUUUUUUGUAACCCUCCUGCUGUUCUGUUCUGUUGUGCUGUGCAACAUUUUGCUACAUAGACUAUUUUAUAGCAGAAAGCUAGAAGAAUAUUUAUUAUGAAUAUUAAAGCAAUAGUGCAUCAAUGAAAAAGCGGAGACGUUAGGAAUUGUGUAAAUGCUUAGAUUCACUUUUGGUGGAUUUUUUGUACUUUAUUUAUAACUAAUAAAAUGAACUGCAUUGCUAACUACA